AUGUCUGCACAUAUUCCUAAUUUUGGGACCUUGUUAUCUUCUCAUGACACCUCGUUUUAUUACCAAGACAACCCAGCAUCGUUUGCUUGUACAGACUAUAGCAUUAUGGAUGGAUUAAACGAAUGCCGGACGGCGCGAGUAGCUGAAAUUCUAUCCGAUUUCCGCACAUUGCAGUACUACAUUACGUCUGCACCUUCUGAUCCCGAAAAUGCAGAAGACUAUUACACAGAGGGUUGGAACGCGCUCCGUCAAUGCGCUUUUGACGGUCACCACAUUCUGGAGUGCGCCGCCGACACCAGAGUACCCGUAGCAGAGGGUGGCGAGGAAGAGCAAACGAAGGCAGAGCUGAAGCAGGUUCUUCUAGAUGCCUUCUCAAGGAGACACGAGGGCCAAAAGAUCUAUAUGAGGCAAUGUGCUGCUCAGCGUUGGCUAGAGUAUCGAGACCUGAUCCUGCAGGGACAAAGACCACAACAGGCUAGCCAGCAACAACUACAUGCUUGCGAUCGCCAGCUCCGUGCUGAGCUCGCCUCAAUCACUGACGAAAGCGUGUAUGCCGAGCUAGCGGCAUCUGACCAAGUGCUUGGCCGAUGGACGGUCGAGGACCCCAGUUUGCGAAGCGUCUUGCGUUGGCUGAGACAACGACGACGAUAG